GGGGCGGCGGCGGCGCUGCGGGGGCGGCUGCAGGGCGCCGCUGCGCGCCUCGCCGACGCCUUCCGGGGACUGCAGCUGCGCCACGACAAGGUGGACGCUUUCUUGACGCUGCACGGAGAGGCGGUGAACCUGGUGGAAGAAGCGUCCAGCUGGAGCGGCGGGCAGCUGGCCUUCAACGCGCAGACCCUGGAGCUCAGCAUACGCGAGGAGGCGGCCGGCAGCCAGACCCCGCCAGAGGGGAGCGGGGGCUCCGUCGAGAACCUGGCCAGCAGCGCCGCCUACAGGAGCGCGCCGCGGCUGUGUCUGCGCAAGCACUGGCUGCGGCGGCCGGGCGCGGUCUGCUGGUGCCCGUGGGCGGCGGCGCGCCACCUGCUGUACGUGGCGGCGCGCGACGGAGAGCUGCUGGCCGUGGACGCCGCCUCGGGACGCCUCGCCUCCAGGCUCGCCGUCGACGGCCUGCUCUGCCCCGCCGGCGUCGCCUUCUCCGGCGACAGGUGCUACGUCACAGACAAGUACGCGCACUGCGUGCACGAGGUGGACGCGGAGGGCCGCGUGGUGGCGUCGCUGGGCAGGAAGGGCGGCGCGCCGGGCCAGUUCCGCAGCCCCGAGGGCCUCGCCGUCUCCACCGACGAGGCGGGGGGCACCCUGCUCUACGUCUGCGACACCGGCAACGACCGCCUGCAGGUGCUGCGGCCAGACGGGGCGGUGGUGCGCGUGGUGGGCGUCAGACCGCUGGAGGACCAGCCCGGCGUGCUGCAGACGGAGUUCGACCAGCCGACCGGCGUGGCGGUGUCGCGGGACAGGAUCGCCGUCGCAGACAGCGGCAACAACAGGGUCAAGGUGUACAACACGGAGGGCGAGAAGAUACUGGAGCUGUCCGGUGAGAACGGUCCGUUCAACUGCCCCGAGUGCGUGGCCAUCGACCGUAGCGGCAGGAUCAUCGUGGGCGACAGCGGCAACCAGCGCGUGCAGGUCUUCAGCGAGGACGGGCGGCUGGUGUGCUCGCUCGGGGGCCGCAGCUCGGGCAUCGGCUGGGUGUCCGGCGUGGCCGCCAGCGGCGCCGGCGAGCUGGCUCUCACCGACGGCUCGGCGCACGCCCUCUACGUCUUCUGACCGCCGGCUCCGCGCCUCCAGCUCGAGCGGCCGACCAGCGCCAGCGUCCAGCGCCGCCAUCUCGCCUCCAGUCGUCCUCGCUGCUCACA